CUCAAACCCUACAACCUGUAAGUUCAUUACAUAUGUAUCUUUAAAUUUAAUAGUAGCCUCUUUCUAUUAAAAAUACAACCUUAAACCAUAUUAACAAUCUUAGAAUCUUUUUACUUGUAAUGGACUCUAGGAUGUUAGCCAUGUGAAUCACACAUGCUCUCAUGAUUUUAUUAUUAAGGCUAAUUAGACACUAGCUAGGCUAACUCUGCAAUAAUACAAUGAACAUAAACAUUUUUUUUUUGUUAUAAUUCUUUUUAAGUCAAUAACAGAACAGACAAGAUGCUCAUCUUCGUUAUCGGUAAUAAAGCACAUGAUUAGUUUUUGCAUAUUAAUGUCAGAAAAAGGAAUUAACUUUAGGCUUCAAAGCAGUCAUAGGCCCUCUCUCUCUCUCUCUCUCUCCAUCUCUCCAAAACAAAAGAGAAGGAAUGUUUCCUCGCAAUCAUCAUCACCAUCUUCGUCUUCUUCUCUGAAACUCCCAGCUACCAGUGAGAGUAAGAAAGAGAGAGACUUUGGAGAGUGGGACUCUGUUUUAGAUAGAGAGAUGGGAGGUGUGACUUCUUCAAUGGCGGCGAAGUUAGCGUUCUUCCCGCCGAAUCCACCUUCUUACAAGAUUACCAGAGACGAAGCAACGGAGCUUCUGCUCAUGGACCCUUUUCCCCACCGAGAAAACGUCGACGUUUUGCGUCUUCCCACGCGCCGAGGCAACGAGAUCGUGGCCAUGUACGUCAGGUACCCUAUGGCCGUCACGACGCUUCUGUAUUCUCACGGAAACGCUGCUGAUAUUGGUCAGAUGUAUGAGCUCUUCGUCGAGCUUAGUAUUCACCUCCGCGUCAACUUGAUGGGGUAUGACUAUUCAGGGUAUGGCCAAUCAUCAGGGAAGCCCAGCGAGCAAAACACUUAUGCUGAUAUAGAGGCUGCUUACAAAUGUCUGGAAGAAACUUAUGGGGCAAAGCAGGAGAACAUUAUCCUAUAUGGUCAGUCUGUUGGUAGUGGUCCAACCGUCGACUUAGCUACACGUUUGCCUCGUCUAAGAGCUUCCAUUCUCCAUAGUCCUAUUCUUUCUGGUCUUAGAGUUAUGUAUCCUGUCAAACGCACUUACUGGUUUGACAUCUACAAGAACAUUGAUAAGAUUUCUCUGGUGAGGUGUCCUGUCCUCGUGAUUCACGGAACAGCAGAUGAUGUGGUUGACUUCUCGCACGGGAAGCAGCUCUGGGAGCUCUGCCAGGAGAAAUACGAACCGUUAUGGCUCAAAGGAGGAAACCAUUGCGAUCUUGAACUCUUCCCCGAGUACAUUGGCCAUCUCAAGAAGUUUGUGAACGCUGUGGAGAAAUCCGCGUCGAAAAGGAACAGCUCUUUCUCGAGAAGAAGUGUGGAAGGAGGGAGUGAGCAGCCUCCUCGGCAUAGUGUGGAUGCACCGCCGAGGAAGAGCAAGGAUGGACGAGAGAAACCGAGGAAGAGCGUAGACAGGCUGAGGUUUCAGGGAUACAAGCUGAGCCACGUUGAGAGGCCUGAGAAGCUGAAGAUUCCGUUUGAGGAAAUGGAGAAGGCGAGGAGAAGCGUGGACAUAUAUAGAGAUAAGCCUCAGCCGAUGGAGAGAGCACGUAAGAGUGUGGAUUGGUUGGAUAGAAGUCGAGCUACGGAUUAAAAGGAAUGGGGGGUUUGGUGUUGUUAAAGAUUUUGUAUUGGAGUUUCGUUCAAUUUAUUGGGGGUGUGUUUGUGUUGUAGUAAUCUCAACAGAAAAAUAGAUUUAACAAGUUUGGUAACUUCUCUGACUGUUUCAAACACGACACUUUUGACUUGUCUUGAAACAUUGCUUCAUUGGAGAAGAUAUGUGUGUUGUUGUAAUCCC